AUGGACCUCAAGACCAUCAUCAACGCCGACACGGCCGUGGGCGCUGCCAGGAGCUCAGGCAGCUCGCAGCUACACCAGCAGCAACAUCACCAGCAGCAUCAUCAGCAGCAGCGGCCGCUCUCUAUACACUCGCAGGGAGCAGACGAGUCUCCUCUCCGCAGCGGCAGCCUCCACGAAGACCGGGCCCAACACCCUGAAUACGGCGGCGGAGGACCAGGAGGAGGACCCGGAGGAGGAGGACGGCCGUCGCAGGCGCAUCCGCUGCAGCCUCCUCUUCAGUCCCCCAAGCGCAUGCCGUCCUAUAUCAGCUCUGCCGCACCGUCGCCGUACCAGCAGCCGCCGCUCGCAUCGAUCCUGACGGGAAGAGAGCCCGGCGAGCGCGCCAGCAGCGUCCUGCCCGUCCCGCGAGAGCCCUACCCUGCCUCCUCGCUGCCUCCGCCCUCUGCGGUCUCCCUCUCCUCGCCCUUCACGCCUCAGCCUACCAGCGCCGGCACCCAGCACUCGUCCUACUUCUCCCAGCAGCGCUCUCAUUCGGUCCAUUCGGCUGCCUCGCCUUCCUCGGUGCGCAGUCUCUCCUAUCCCUCUGGCCGUGAGCCGCCAGCAGGCCACCCGUACUCUCCUGGCCAGCAGCAGUACCAGCAACACCACUACCAGCAGCAGCAGCAGCAGCAGCAGCAAGCACAACAACAGAGGUCGCAGCCCGGGACGCCUCUGGCUCCCCUGGGCUCCUCAUACAGCCGUCCGUCUCCCCAUCCGGUCCGUCCUCCGUCGUCCGGACAUGAGGCUCCCCCGUCAGGUCGCCUUGGGAGUCCCUGGGGCAGUCAGGACGCUUCCUCCGGCGGCCAGAGGGAUGGAGUCUCUCCUACGGUACAUACGCCCAUCUCACGACACGGCUCAGUAGCUACGGACUCCUAUACCCGGCAGUUUUCUAUCGAACGGGAAAAGGAGCAGCAUCUCGACAGCGUCAGCCCCAAGACCAUCGUCUCCCAGCAGGGAGCAGCCCAUUACGGAGAUAUCAACAGCAGCCAAAGCAGCAACAUCACCAAUGCCAUCAAUCAACCAGGUCACCAGAUCCAAUCCCCCCAUAAGGACCAGGAAUUGACCCAGCAAACAAUCCAUCAGCAUCAUCCCCGAACGGAACACCAGUCUUCUAUCUCCACUCCUGCUCGCCCGUCCUAUCCUCCCUCGACUCCCCAGGCUGCCUCACACCCUCCUCCCCCUUCUUCUCUCGGCCAUAUCGCUACCACCACCGCUACCGGCUCACCCACCAGUCGGCGGCCUGUCCAGGAAACAUCACCAACCCUCCAGCACACUCCUUCUAAGCCUCACAGCAGCCCCUCUGCGGCCUCUGCCACAGACCGUGUGCCGAUGUGCCCUCCUCGAAAGAAACGCAAGAGAUACGCUCAACCUCCCAUAUUCGCCUGCAAGGCCCCCAGAACGACCGGCACUCCUCCGCCCAUUCCUCCCAAGGGCAGCCAAGCCCCGCCUCCCGUCUUCCCCGUCAAUCGUCCGCUUCCCAAGCGCGAGAGCGUCGACCGCCAUACCGCACCGGACUCUGGCAGCCUCUCCCUUCCUCCUCGGCCUAUAAGGGACGGUGAGGCAGCCGUCAAUGGCAACGCCAACAAGGAAUCAGCUGCGGAUAACCCCCUUGGCCCCUGGGAGCCUACUAUCACAAACGUCAUCCCGUCCGAAGAGGUCACUAAGUUGAUAUGUGACUUUUUGUUCCAGCAAGUCGUCAUGCGCAAGGACAUCGGAGCCGGCCCUGCUGGAGGUGUAGCCGUUGGACCAGGCGCCAUUCUCGAGGUUGAGGCCAAGCUAGGCAGGCUGGUCGACAAGAGUCGGGGCGAGAGACUGCGUCUUCCCAUCCUCUCAGAGACCGUCAUCAGCAAGGAUGACCCGAAUCUCAGGCUUGCCUUUGAAAGCUCAAUGUCACAGGCGCAGCACCGCGCAAUGAACAACUUCCUCAACGAGACGGUCAAAACAUCUAUUUCCCAGGGAUCAGCACGCAUCCCGCUCGCCUACGCUCACAAACGUGAACGUGAUACCUUCUACGAUAUCUCUGCCAACGACCUCCCGCCCAUCGUCCAACAUCAUCUACACCCACGCCACAAGCCAAGGGUGCGCGUAACCACAGAUGUCCGCUCCGGCGCCGUCAUAGCCCGCAUCGUCAAGUGCCGCAUUGCCGACCUCGAUGUGUAUAGCCCCCGAACGUGUCUUGACUGGCGCAUCAGCGUGAACCUGGAAAUGAACUACGAGGGAGACCUGAGCAAGCUCCAGCAGGCAAACGACUGGAAACGAAGCGGUGAUCGGAACAAAGACCGCAUGAGCUACAGACAUCUAGCAUACCAAAUCGACCUGACACAAAUAGAAAUAUCCUCCGCUGAGAUCAGGCGACAAGGCGACCUCGCCUUGUCUGGCGACAUGAACAAUCGCUACGAGGAUCUCAUCAAGGGGUUUGUAGAUAACAUUCGUGUCCUAGCCAGAGCCGUGCCGGGCUGA